UUUUUAAUUCUGUCGUGUUUUCCUUGAAUAUUGGAAGAGCCAUUCGUUCAAUUUUGUACAGUAUCAGAGAAGUGUAAUAAAAGGUCCCCCCUUUGGGAAAUUCUGAGUUCUGGGGUUUGUGAGCUAAUCGAUUAUUACUUGGAAAUUUUUUUUUGGCUGUUUGGGGUUUUUAGUUUGUGGAAGUUGGGGUGUUUGUUUGGAGAAAUGGAUGAUGAAUACAAGCUUAUCAGGAGGGUGAACCAACCCAGAGUUGUGAUUGACAAUAAUUCUAGUGAGGAUGCCACUGUUAUCCAGGUUGACAGUGUCAACAGACAUGGAAUUCUCCUGGAAGUUGUCCAAGUGCUUACUGAUAUGAAUCUUGUAAUAACAAAAGCAUAUAUAUCAUCUGAUGGAGGAUGGUUUAUGGAUGUCUUUAAUGGUGACAAUGAUGGCAACAAAAUCAGAGAUAAGGAAGUUACGACUAUAUCAAAGGCUUUUAUUUGACUAUUUUCAUCUUACUCAUUAAUUUUGCAGAGAAUUGAAACUAGUGCUGGCUUUGUACCUUCACGAAGAGGCUCUGUAGGGGUAAUGCCUUCAGAAGAGCAUACAUCAAUUGAACUUGCUGGCACUGAUAGGCCUGGUCUAUUAUCUGAAGUAUGUGCAGUUCUUGCAGACCUCCAUUGCAAUGUUGUAAAUGCUGAGAUAUGGACCCAUAAUGCUAGGGCUGCAGCUGUAGUUCAUGUGACAGAUGAUUCAACAGGCUGUGCAAUUAAUGAUCCAAAACGUCUCUCGACAAUAAAGGAGUUACUUUAUAGUCUCAAAGGAAGUGAUGAAUUGAAAACAGCAAAAACAAUGCUUUCAGCUCCAGGUGUUAUGCAUAGGGAGAGAAGGUUGCAUCAAAUCAUGUUCGCAGAUAGGGACUAUGAGAGGGUUGAGAGGGCAGGAGGAAGGGCAGUAGAGGAUGGGACCAAGACCACAAGUACUCUGUUGAAUAUUGAGAAAAGAUUACACUGUAUUACCAUGAGGUCAAAAGAUCGGCCAAAGCUAUUGUUUGAUAUACUCUGCACUCUUACAGAUAUGCAUAGUGUUUGUCAUGGAAUGGUCAACACCGGAAGGAUGGAAGCUUAUCAGGUGAGAUAGAAUUUAUAUAUCGACAUUGUGGAUGGGCUCCCCAUUAGCUCAGAAGCUGAGCGUGUUCGUGUUAUACCUGAAGCAGCCAUUGAAAGGAGGGCAUCUGAGGGGCUGGAGCUAGAAUUGUGCACAGAAGACCGACUUGCUCUGUCUGACAUCACCAGGAUAUUCCGGGAAAACAGCUUGUGUAUCAAGAGAGCAUUAAUUUCAACAAAAGGUGGCAAGGCCAAGGACACCUUCUAUGUCACAGAUGUGACAGGAAACCCCGUCGAUCCCAAGAUCAUUGAUUCUAUUCGUCGACAGAUCGGACAGAGCGCACUACGGGUGACAUACUCAAACCUCACACCUAAACCACCUCAUCAGGAGACAACAAUGGGUUAUUUCUUUGGAAACCUAUUUAAAGCACGAACUUUUCAGAAUUUCAAGUUAAACUGA